AUGAUCACGUUCAGAAAAGCACUUACCCUCUCGCUUUUAAUGAGCACAUGGCAAUGCUACCAUAAGUCACUAGGCCCAAGUACUGUACACCACAAUGAAAGCAAAUUAAACAAUUUAUUAAAUAAAAAAUUUGGAAGAAUAUUGCAUGAAAAGAACCUCAGGAACACCAAUUUAAAAAGAAGAAUAAUUAAUUUACUAAAGGAAGAUGAUGACGAUUUCAGGGAAAGACUCAAUGCAUUAUCACAUGAUUAUCAUUUUCGAAGACUAUUUAAUGUGUUAAUAGUCGAUGACCUCUUUCAAGAACAAUCUAGAGACGUAAUACGAGAUAAGCAUUUUCAGGAGCAAUUUCAUAUAUUAAAAGAUAAUGCCAUGCUUGACUUGGAAGUUCCUAUUCCCCUGUAUGAUAAUGACUGUGCCCAUGCGGAAGGUAAUAAAUUCAGAUCCUGCCAGAACUUCGAACGACAUUUUGACAAAUUAAAAAUUCAGGAGCAUAAAGAAGAAAAAGAGAUUCAAGAAUUAGAAUCCGAUGAGGAAUAUAAAAGCGAAGGGAGCAAUAUAAGAUGCAGGGGUUAUUGUAAUGAUAAUCAGAGGGAGAAGCUAAGAGGCAGUGUUCAUUAUGCGGGGAGACCGCUUUACGGAAUAGAGCAUGAUAUUCCCUGUAAUUUAGAGCACAAUGAGGAUUUGAAACAAACUUUUGAGGAUUAUACAAACAACAGAACAGUGAAGCCAAAAUCUAGAUUGAUUUUAAUUAGAAUGCCCAAGAAAAAAAUGUCGACACAUGAAUUAGAAUCGCUGAAUUCUAAAAGUGACAGCCUACAGUGUAGCAGCAGCCGUUCCUGUAAACGUCCACCAUUAGUUCCAUUGUUAGUGUAUUCUUUAAUGGACUCCUAG